AUGCCUUCUGGCUUUACAACUAGUGGUGCGGGCGGUUUGAUAGGAUAUGGGGCUAAGCAUACGACGGAUAAAUGCCCAGAAGCAAUUUUUACAUUAUGUAUUCAAUCGAUGACUGGAGUGAUUCUGCAAGCAUUCAUGGUUGGCAUCGUCUUCGCCAAGCUGUCACGUCCAAAAAAACGCACGCAAACUCUACUUUUUUCACGUAAUGCUGUCAUCUGUCAACGAGAUGGUCAAUCUUGUCUUAUGUUUCGCGUUGGUGAUAUGCGCAAGAGUCACAUCAUCGAGGCACAUGUUCGUGCUCAGAUGAUCAAGAAAAAGGUUACCAAAGAAGGUGAAUUGCUACCUUUUUUCCAGACGGAACUAAAAGUGGGUGGUGAUGGAGAGGAGGAUAUGAUUUUUUUUAUCUGGCCUACUACAAUUGUUCAUAAGAUUGACCGGUACUCACCAUUGUACAAGAUAUCAGCUAAUAACAUGUUGCGAGAGCAAUUCGAAAUUGUCGUGAUAUUGGAAGGUAAAAAUGUUAAUAUAUCAUGUUUACAGAUUGAAAUAGAAUUUGAAAUAUUUAGCUCUUUUAGUGCUUAAUCCUUUGUCAACAAUUGGGUUUUUUUUGACACAAGCA